GAAACGUCAUUCUUCUUGUUGUCCAAUGUCCAUGCAAUAUUCCAAAACAUGCUCCCCACCUCUUGCUGAAUUCUCUGUUUAUUUUCACCGCGCGUUCAUAUACAUUGUGACGGGGUAGAUUCACAAGUCUAGCUCUAGCUGCGGAAUCAGUUUCUUAUUGACGAGGAUCACCGUGCGAGAGGCGAGAUGGUUGAUAUGGCAUGCGAUGGGAUGUAUUCUAAACUUAUCGACAAAGAUAGUGAAUAUUUGGACGGUUCAGAGCUGCGCAGUCCUGAAGUGCACACAGUGUCUGUUCCCUCACUGAGAGCAGGCUCCAGACAGAGUGGCCAAGGGCCCUACAGGCUAGCCACGGGCUGCUUGGCCACACUCUGCGCUGUCCUGUUGCUGUCCGUCAUCGCUGUGAGCACCCACUAUAAGAACCUUUAUCAGAGCUUGCGCAAUGAGCAUCAGGCUCCUCUGCCUCAGAAUGACUCUGGUGGUCAAAUCCAGAUGCAGAGGCAGACCACCAAUGUGACCACCCUGACUGAAGCCCUGAGCAAAUUGAAGAUGGAGAAAGAAGACCUUGUGAAGGAGAGAGAUGAACUUCUGGCUAGGUUGGCCAAAUCAGAACCAGAGCAAACAUCACCCCCAUUACUCCCAUCUCCACUGUCACCUACGUCAACCCCAUUGCCCCCUUCAACCCCACUAACCUGUCCUCCGGACUGGCUGGUGUUCAACAGAAGCUGCUACUACAUCUCCAGCAGGGGUAUGAGCUGGCCAUACAGUCAGACCUGGUGCAAGGAGAAAGGAGGACACCUGGCUAUCAUACACACUGCUGAGGAACAGACGUUUCUGUGGAACCAGUUACCUCGGGGCCACUGGAAUGCCUACUGGUUUGGAAUCAGUGACGAGACGACUGAGGCAGACUGGCUUUGGGUUGAUGGAACCAAAUUGGUCGGGGGCUUUUGGGAGGAGGGCGAGCCCAACAACCACAUUGACGAAGACUGUGGCUACAUCGUGAAGACGCGCAAGCUGGAGCGCAAGGCGGUGAGCAGCUGGUACGACGCCCCAUGCACCAUGUACUUGCCCUUCAUCUGUGAGAUAGAGAUGUAGGCCUAUGCUCCUGCUACUUAGAGAUAAGUAGUUACCAGACUCGUGUUGGAUCCAGAAUUCCUUCCUGUUAAUGUCCAUGUGAUAGACCAGUGAUGACCAACCCUUCACCUGCAAAGCUACUGGGUAGUCAGGUUUUUGCUGCAACCCUGCUCUAACACAUCUGGGUUCGGAUGAGCAGCUGAUUAGUAGAAUCAGGUGUAUUAGAGCAGGGCAAGAGCAAAACCUUGAAGGACCUGUAGCUCUUCAGGAGGAUGGUUGGCCACCCCUGUCAUAGACUUUGGUAGACCUUUACAGCAUUACCAGGUCUGAAGGACAAUGCUUUACUUUACUAGUAUCUGCUUUCAUUUGCUUUUUCAAUUAAAAUUUUACUCCAGGAGGAUCUUAUAUAGUUACUAUUGUGUCAUUGAAGUGGUCACCAAAGUUCAAAAUCCUUCUAAAGCAAUGUCUGUCAAUCAAUGCUCAUGUUAUUUAGAUUCAUAGAAGAAGAAAACAUUUAAAAAUAUAAAAAAUGAUUUAAUAUAAAUGUUUUUCAUAAAACAGAUGAUCAAAUGAUCUAUUCAUAACAAUGCAAAUACAUUGAUUGGUUUUGUCAAUAAAAAUGUUGAAAAUGGAAAA